GAUACAACCAUGACUAUGGCGGCCAUGUUUUGUUUUAAGAUGGCAAACACAAGGAGACAAAGACAAUAAAUUAUCGUGCAUUGGAACAGAUUUAUAAUUGGAAAUGGAAUCAAAUGAUGUUAAAGUAUUCCAUCAGUGUGUUGAAUGUGAUGAACUCUUUCAUGAGUAUGAAGAUUUAGAAAACCACAACAAAAUCCAUGUUAAAAUAGAGAAAACUGAUGAUGUUCCAAUAGAGAAAACUGAUGAUGUUACAAUAGAUAACCAUUCUGAUGUCAACGUUAAAAUAGAGACAGUCGAGGAUGUUAACUUGAGUGACAAUUCUGAUUUUCACGCUAAUGUGAGCUUACUUGGCCAGCCUAAUUUUCAUGUUAAAGAAGAGAAAAGUAAUGAUAUUGACUUGGAUAAAGAUUCAGGUUUCCAUGCCAAUGUGAGCUUACUUGGCCAGUUUGAUUUUCGUGCUAAAGAUGAUGGAAUUAAUGAACGUAUCAAAGACAAGAAAGCAGAUGAUGAUGAUUAUUUAUAUGAAAGCUUACCGAUACAUAUUGAAAAUAUUAAAAAAGAAAAAACUAAUGAUGUUAGUAUAGAUGAAGAUUCUGAGAUAGGCGUCGAUCUUCAAGAGAAGAAAACUGAUAAAUCUACAUGUAGCCUGGGCGAACAUGUCAAAGAGAACAAUGAUGUUACUAUUGAUACAAAUUCUGAAGAGAAAACUGAAAGUAGCAAUGCUCAUUUAGAAGGAGAGAGAGGGUUUAUAUGUGGUGUAUGUAAUAAGGGAGUUAAUCGUAAAUACGAUUUGAUUGUCCACAUGCGAACCCACACCGGUGAAAGGCCAUUUGAAUGUGAUGUUUGUAGUAAAACAUGUAGUACAAGCAGUGAUUUAAACAAGCAUAAAGUGAUUCAUUCCGACGAGAAACCCUUUAAUUGUGAUGUCUGUGGUAAAGCGUUUACAAGAAGUGGGGAUUUAAACAAACAUAAGAGAAUUCACACGGGUGAAAAGCCAUAUAAAUGUGAUGUUUGCGGUAAAUCAUUCAGACACAGCAGUGAUAUUAGGAGACAUGCCAGGAUUCAUACAGGGGAAAAACCCUUUAUUUGUAACACCUGUAAUAAAUCGUUCAGCAGGAGCUGUUAUUUACACAGUCAUAUCAGGACUCACACUAAGGAGAAACCAUAUACAUGUCAUAUUUGUAGUAAAUCGUUUAGUCAAAGCAACAACCUUAAAGUUCACUUCAAAAUUCAUGUCAGAACACCGGUAUGAACACUUGUACCAACAUACAUUGUACCAAUUCCUUCAAACAAAUGAACAGCUCCCACUUUAAGACCGCUCUUACUUGAAGACAACUACAUGUACAUACAGAGCACCCCUCCCUCUUUAGAGUGAUUUCAGCUUUCACUUUAUAUAAAGGCAAUUAGAGUAGAGCCCUUCAUGUACAUGUAGGGUGACCCAUGCACUCUACAGAAAGUUGGUCUCGACACGGCUAAUAUGCACGCUUCAGUGGUUGUUUCGAACUAUCAGCUGUGGACUGUAUGAUACUAUAAAUAGCCAUAGCACGUGCAAUUCUCUACAAAUCUAUCAACUUUUACAGUCGUAAAAAAUCUAUUGUUGACAAUUUUGAAUAGCUUCUUGGUUAUUACAGCAGCUUUAGAAAUUACGUUUGUUUUAUUUUUUAAAUUGCUUUAUCAUUAACUGUAUCGUUAAGAGCGGCAUCUUUUGGUUUAGUACAAAUAUUAUCUCUGAAUCACUUUCGUUAGCAGGAACAUGAUACUAGCAGUAGUUUCAUUUUACUUUUACAAGCUUCUUAAAACAAUUGUUGAGCUGGCUAACGUGCGUUUUUCUAAAUUCAAUUUCUUGUUCCAGCUUUCUGUUAUGUUUCGUAAAAAGGUAGUCUUGAUUAUCCCGACCUGUCAAUCAGAAUGGUCGGUACACUGGUUAAGCGAGACUAAUUUCAAAACAAGGGCACGUAACCUAUCUUUUACUCAAAAGUGUCUGGAUGUUAUGGAUGAAACUUGGAACCAGUUUCAGUCUAUUAUUUAUAAAUCAUGAAAUGGUCAUAGCUUAUUAAGUACAACAUGAUCGUUUAUUUAGUGACUAUAAUUGUGUGAAACUGAUUUAAGGCUUGGUAUAUAUAUAAAUAUUGUGGCGUAAUUGUUGAGAUAUUUGGAGAUAUUUAUUUAUGGUGGGUCACCCUACUUCAUGUACAUGUAUACUGGUAUCAGCUCUCACUUUAAGACAAUUACAGUGCCCCUCAUGAUAGUGGUUUCAGCUCUCACAUUUUGUGUCAAUUUAAAAGAAAACCCCAGGAGUUCAGACUGACCAUUCUACUACUUAUUGUCACAUACAAGCUUGGGAUUUAACCCACGACUUGCAUAUAUAACAGGCUGUAUGAUCUGUAGCCAACUCGGUAAACACACACACCCUGACACCUACUGACAUCUAUAUAGCUGUAGAAUAUGUAUGGGUGUUUACAUGUAAAUGUAUAUGUGCGAUAUUGCAAUUAUUAUAUUCACUCAAUCACUGCAUGUAAAAGAUACCUUGGCAGAUGGAAUUCAUUGAAGAGUAGACAAAACGCACUAGUCUGAGCAAUAUUACCCCCGUUGUAUUGCACACGUAACCAUAGAAACAAAAAAAUACUGUUCAUGUUAGUUUCAAAAUGACAUAUAAGAUGAACGGGAUAUUGAAGGAUUCUAUUCCAAUUCAAAUACUGGAAAAAUAUAUUUUUAUUGUAAAGUGUGUUGUAAAUAAAUGGUACAUGUUGGUCAUAUAUUAUUUGACACAUCAUUUUAAAUUAUUUAUCAGUGUUUUAAAAUCAAUGUUUGAAUAUUCCUAUCUUUUUUGUUAUUUGUUAAAAUAUUUUUGUUCAUGUAUUUAUCUGUAAGUUUUAUCUCAUGAAAUGGAAAAAAAAUGGAAUUUCCCUCAGCACAUAAUUGUGUUACUAUUUAUAGUACAGUACUAAUCUACAGCACAAUACAAAAACUUCUAACUUUCUGAUUGGAUGGUGAUUUUAAUAAUUUGUCUUAAUUAUCUACAUGUACAUGUAGCAUACCCUGUAUUUUGAAAGGCUGGUCAUUCAAGAUUAUUGCUACAUUACGGGUAACUGUGCUUGUGCUACACAUUCAGUUGUGAUGCCAGAGGUUGAGAGUUUGAAAGAAACCUGUAUGGUAAAGUGGGAAAACCAGUAAGUGGUUGAUCGGUUUUUAUGUUGUUUUGAAUGUUUUCAGAUUUAAUCUUCUAUAGUAUACUGAGAGAGAUUGGGCUUAAUACCAAGAAUUAUUUUUGUUGAAGUCUGGUUAUAUUAAAGGGAACGGAGGCUUAAAAAUUUUAAAACCCAGUUCCUACUGGGACCUCAUUUGACCCAAUUCUGGCCGAUUCGUUUCAAAAUGGAUUAAGAACCCUAGUCCACUCGGCACAAACUAGGCCCUUGUCAGGCCUAACACGAUUUAAUUUUAUUUCAAUAAUUUGCUGGUGCAUAUCGGUCUUUAGAAAUGAAAUGAAAUGGGGUUUAAUGUCCUAAUGUUCUGCUCCUAGGGUCUUAAGUUGGAGGAAACUGGAGAAAACCCACAUGGUUUGACAGGCAACCUUACUUCUUGUCACAUACAAACUGAGAAUCGAAACCAUGCCACUUGACUUUAUGACAGACCUUAUGAUCUGAAGCACAUGUUAGACCCAUCAGCCCCACUCCAGACCCUACAGUAUGGCAAACAGUGAUUAAUAAGAAAUUGUAUGUUACGUUAUUUUUGUUUUAAUAUGCAUUUCAAGAGUAUGAUUUUUUAGUAAUUGUAAAAUUUAUGAGAACAAUUUUGUUUUGUUAUAAGUUUUAAAGAAGCAUUUCAAGAAUUUGUUUAAUUCCAGCAAUUAGGGAAGAUGUACAGUAUAGUUAACCGUGUUUAAUAAGAAAUUGUAUGUUAAUGUCAUUUUUGUUGUUAUAAGUGUUAAAUAUGCAGUUCAAGAAUAUGAUUUUUAGUAAUUGUAAAAUUUAUGUAAACAAUUCUUGUUUGGUUUUAAGUGUUAAAGAUUAAAGAUGCAUUUCAAGAAUUUGUAUAAUUCCUGAGAUUAGGGAAGAUGUAAAAAAAAUGAGUUACUCACCAUUCCUAUAAAAAAAAGUGCAAUGUUGUUAUGGUAUAUUUUAAAUAUAGUAAAUAAACAUGUAUUGUACACUAGUUUUAGUAAAUAUAUCGAAGUAUA